UCCAAGAUGGCGGACGGACCAGUAGUAUCAUUGAUACAAGAAAACACAAAAAUAAAAGUGAGUUCAGUUCUUAAUAGAGACGUUAAAGAAUAUGGAAAGAAAUUUAUGUUUGAUGGCAAAGAAGAAACUUGCUGGAAUUCUGAUCAGGGAAGUCCUCAAUUCAUAGUUUUUGAUUUCUCAAGAAAUGUUCAACUGAAGGAAAUCCAAAUUCAGUUCCAAGGAGGAUUCGUUGGUUGUGAUUGUCAAAUAGAGGGAGGAGAUUCUACUAAAAGUUUAUCUAUGUUUCAUCAAUUUUAUCCAGACGAUGUCAAUACAUUACAAAUAUUUCCAGUUAAUUCUAAAAAUUCUUUUCAAGUCUUGAAGAUCACAUUUUCAAAAAGUACRGACUUCUAUGGAAGAAUUACUAUAUAUAAAUUAGAUUUACUAGGAUCAUUACUGUAAUCAUUGAAUUAUUUAUCUCUAUAGAUACUGUGAAUUUAGCAUAUUUGAAAUAAAAUAGGUCUUAUACCAUA